AUGGCAUCUACGAAUGGAGUUACAGAAGGUCUCUUCGGACUUGAGCUAGUCUCUCCUGAAGUUGCCAAAUCCCUCCCCGAAUCAUAUACUCUCCGCGCGCUACAAAAGUCCGACUAUGCCCAUGGAUUCCUAGAUGUUUUGCGAGUUCUUACUGUCGUUGGCGAUAUCACCGAAGAGCAAUGGAAUGAGCGAUACGAUUGGUACAACAGUCAAGGAAAGGGAGGUUAUUAUCUAUUGGUUAUUGAGGAUCAAGGGAAAGUCGUCGCAACUGGUGCGUUGAUUGUGGAAAGAAAGUUCAUCCACAACCUCGGUCUCGUAGGUCACAUCGAAGACAUUGCUGUAGCAAAGGAUCAACAAGGACAGAAACUCGGCUUGAAGAUGAUUCAAGCUCUAGAUUUCAUCGCGGAGAAGAUUGGUUGUUACAAAAGCAUAUUAGACUGUAGUGAGGCCAACGAGGGGUUCUACGUCAAGUGUGGGUUCAAAAGGGCAGGAUUGGAAAUGGCUCAUUAUUAUGAGCAUUGA